AACACGUUGGGUUUUUUUUUUUUUCCCCCAAACGUUCAUGUUUUUUUCCGACAUGCUCUGAGCGUGAGCACCUGUGCGCGGAGAGCGCCGCGCGCGUGCAUGAGCGUUCCGAGGCUGGAAGCAGAGAUGGGUGCGCGUGCACACGCGCGGGGCAGAGGAGGCCAGUGGCAAGGGCGGGUGUGCGUGCGUGUACGUGCUCGCGCAGAGGCUGGAAGUAGUGCUGCGUGCUUGCGCGCGCAGAGGCCGGAAGCGGGGCUGGCGUUCCGGGUCAGUUGCGAGACAUGGAAGGUUUCGCGGAGGGCUGUAGGCUGCCGUGCGAGGGGCCGGCUGAGGAGGCCGAGCCCCAGGUGGCGGCCUGGAGCGGGGACAGCGGUAACGUGUCCCAGAGCCACAGCAGCGCGUCGGUGCCGUGGGAGGAUGAGGGCCUGGAGUCGGGCGCGCCCAGCCGGGACCUGCCGCUGCUGCGCCGCGCCGCCUCGGGCUACGCCGCCUGCCUGCUGCCUGGCGCGGGGGCGCGGCCCGAGGUCGAGGAGCUGGACGCGAGCCUGGAGGACCUGCUCACCAGGGUGGACGAGUUUGUGGGCAUGCUGGACAUGCUGCGCGGCGACUCCUCCCACGUGGUCAGCGAGGGCAUGCCUUGCAUUUACGCCAAGGCCACCGAGAUGCGGAGAGUGUACAGCAAGAUCGACCGGCUGGAGGCCUUCGUCGGGAUGAUCGGCGCCAGUGUAGCCAGGCUGGAGGAGCAGGUCUCCAGGGCGGAGGCCGAGCUGGGGACGUUCCCCAGUACGUUCAGGAAACUCCUGCGCACAAUUAACGUGCCCUCCUUCUUCAACAAGGCGCCCUCCAGCAGGUCCCAGGGGACCAGCUACGAACCCCCCGUCGUGUUUCGAACCGAAGACCACUUUCCUUGUUGCAGCGAAAGAUCUCAGGUCUGAGUCCGCGGGACAGCGCUGCCAGAGGACGGGUCUGAAAUUCUCUCGAGUAGUAAUCAAACCUGUUGAAAAUCCUGUAACUAGACAUACAUGAUGUUGGAGUAUGGAAUUGUAAAGUUUAUUUUUUGCACACUUGAUUUCUCAGUAUCUUCAUCAUUUCACGAAGGAUGUGUGAUUUUCUACGUCUUCCAGUUCAAACUUGAAACUUCAAAGCUGCUUGGUGGGGGGCAUCGGGGAAGCAAAAUGAAUGAAUUUACCUGGGCACUGUGGCAGAACUGUUAUUUUUAUGGAUUUUACAGCUCAACUAACAGUAUUACCUUUUCAAGAUGUGUAUAUUUGUAUACCCUUAGGAAAACUGAGCCUUUAAAGCCUUGUUAAUUCGAUCCUAAUAGUGAUUCAGUUUUCAAUAGCUUACUUCUAGGAUAGAUGGUAAAUUAUUUAAAAUUAUAUUAAGCUUUCCAUAUAAUGGAUUGCAAACUGAAGGAAAUUAUACAAUUUCUGAGAAAACGUAUUGAUUUAUUGCAACUCAUUCUGAAGUUUUUUUGAAAGUAUGACCUCACAGUCUAAGUUUGUCCAUAGCAAACGUGUCUAUAUGAUUCCCAACGUUUGGUUUAUAAUUAAACAUUAAUAAAAAAUUUAAAUUUUAUUGGAAAGGGUUUCCAUCUGAAAAGGACUGUACGUAUUUUCCUUUUUGCUUGUUUGAAAAUAGACACGUAUCUGAUUUAAGGAGUGGGAUAAAGAAAGUUCACAACAUUAAAUAUUUAUUUCUCCUCAAAGUGAACAGUUAAAUUAUUUGUGUGGUAAUAUGACUGGUAUCAGGAUUUUGUUCUUUCACCCCGACGACGUGGAAUCUUAAAGAUCCCUUGCAGGUACAACAGGCUUUGAUCUUGAUUUUAAUCUGUUUUAUAAGGUGGUCCUCCUAGGUAGUAGAACUCAAGCAUAGAGCUUAGGUUGCUUUUGUGUCAUUUAUCAUAGAUCUUUGAGGCUUGUAAAGUAGGUGUAUUCUCAGCUGUGCGUUGUGAAAAGUCUGAUUGUGUAAUCUCCGACCUUAGCUUUCAUGGACCUUCUGUGUCACACAUUUAUAUAUAUAUAUUUUUUUUUUUAAUUUAUUUUA